AGCAAAGGCAAAGUGAAGGAGUGUGAGCCCUCUUUUCUCCCAUCACAUCUGAUGAGUCUGCAGAAGGAAUGGAAACAACUGUGAUACACUUCAUCAUCCUGGGAGCCAUCACAGGUUUAACCAAAGGCGCUGGUGUGUUGCCUGAUGUUCUGAAUAAAGCUGUGGGAGAGACGGUGAUGUUCACCACAACACUGACUCCGCCAGAGAAACCAUUUGUGACACUGGGCUGGACAUUUGGUGAAAAAAAUAUAAUCAGUUUCACUGGUAAAAAUUCAACUACACCAGUGUAUGAAGGCAGGAUCACCCUCUUCAUGUCUACUGGAUCUCUGGAGCUCAGAAAUGUGGCUCUAAAUGACAGUGGGGUAUACAGAGUUAGCAUUUUUCCAUCUGGAGAGCAACAGAAGACAGGUGAUACAAGACUGUACGUAGAUGAGCCAGUUUCCAAUGUAAUAGCAACAGCCAGCAGCACAGACUUGGUGGAGUUCAACAGCUCUGUCCAUCUGUCCUGCUCCUCCUCUGGAUCCUCUCUGUCUUUCCUCUGGCUGAACGGCAGCUCUGAGGUUACAGCCAGUGACAGAGUUCAGCUCACUGAUAGAGGCGCCAAUCUCACUAUAUUAGACGUGACCCGCUACGACCAGGGACCAUUUAAGUGUAAUGUGUCCAAUCCUGUCAGUAAUGGCACUAGUGAUUCAAUAACCUUCAACAUCAGCUACGGCCCACACAAUAUUACUUUGACAAUGUCUCCGUCAAAAGAAUACCAUGCAGAAGGGUCAAACAUCGACCUGAUGUGCUCAGCUGACUCCAAACCUGCUGUCCAAUUUAAGUGGCUUCUGAAUGGAAGCCUGCUGUCUGAUACUGGACCACAGUUCAGACUGAUGAACAUUCAGCAGAGUCACAGUGGGAACUACAGCUGUCAGGCCUUUAACAGCAAAACUCUGAGAUAUGAAUCAUCUCCACCUGCCACCAUCUCUGUACUAAAGAUAAUAUCAGGUGCUUCAGUUAAGCCGUCAACAAACGUGUCGAUUGAAGGAAACUCAGUCAACUUAACCUGUGAUGCUGCUGGCUCUGUCUUUACCAGAAAGUGGAGGAAGGGUGGCUCAGAUCUGAUCCUGUCUGACAUCAUAAUACUUUACGAUGAGAACAGAGUGCUGUCUUUUAAGAGCCUGACCAAAAAAGACAGUGGAGAAUAUUCCUGUACAGUCAGCAACCCCGUCAGCAGCAAUGAAGCUAAAUACUCCAUGGAGGUCAACUAUGGACCAGAAAAUGUUCAAAUCACAGGUCCAAGUGAGAUACAUCUGAAUGAGAACUUGACUUUAACCUGCUCUGCUGAGUCCAGACCACCUGCCACUUACACCUGGAUACUGAAUGGGACAAAGAUACACAAUUCUGCUGUGUUCACUAAAGACAACAUUCAACAUUCUGACAGUGGCAUCUACACAUGCGAAGCGAUGAAUGACGUAACUGGAAGAAAACUGUCUGCAGACCAUGAAUUGUCUGUAACAGAUGGGCCGUCUGGAGGUCUUUCAGCUGGCGCCAUCGCUGCAAUAGUUAUCUCAGUUUUAGUGGUUGUUUCUGCAGCAGCUGCUGGAGGAUACUUUAUUUGUAAAAAUAAAAUCAAAAACAAAGCUCCACCACCUUCUGAUAAUAAAGACAAAGAAGAACAGGUGUAUGAGAACACUUCAGUGGUGUAUGAGAACGCUUCAAUGGUGUAUGAGAACAUAUGUUUAACCAAAGGAGCUGGUGUGUUGCCUGAUGUUCUAAAUAAAGCUGUGGGAGAGACGGUGAUUUUCACCACAACACUGACUCCACCACAGAAACCAUUUCUAGCAGUGGGCUGGACAUUUGAUGGAAAACCUAUAAUCACUUUCAGUGGUGUAAGCUCAACUGCACCAGAGUAUGAAGGCAGGAUCACCCUCUUCCUGUCUACUGGAUCUCUGGAGCUCAGAAAUGUGGCUCUAAAUGACAGUGGGGUAUACAUAGUUUACAUUUUUCCAUCUGGAGAGCCACAGAAGACAGGUGAAACGAGACUGAACGUAGAUGAGCCAGUUUCCAAUGUAAUAGCAAAAGCCAGCAGCACAGACUUGGUGGAAUUCAACAGCUCUGUCCGUCUGUCCUGCUCCUCCUCUGGAUCCUCUCUGUCUUUCCUCUGGCUGAACGGCAGCUCUGAGGUUACAGCCAGCGACAGAGUUCAGCUCACUGAUGGAGGCGCCAAUCUCACUAUAUUAGACGUGACCCGCUACGACCAGGGACCAUUUAAGUGUCAUGUGUCCAAUCCUGUCAGUAAUGGCAACAGUAAUUCAAUAACCUUCAACAUCAGCUACGGCCCACACAAUGUUAUUUUGACAAUAUCUCCGUCACAAGAAUACCAUGCAGAAGGGUCAAACAUCGACCUGAUGUGCUCAGCUGACUCCAAACCUGCUGCCCAAUUUAUAUGGCUUCUGAAUGGAAGCCUGCUGUCUGAUACUGGACCAGAGCUCAGACUGAUGAACAUUCAGCAGAGUCACAGUGGGAACUACAGCUGUCAGGCCUUUAACAGCAAAACUCUGAGAUAUGAAUCAUCUCCACCUGCCACCAUCUCUGUACUAAAGAUAAUAUCAGGUGCUUCAGUUAAGCCGUCAACAAACGUGCCAAUUGAAGGAAACUCAGUCAACUUAACCUGUGACGCUGCUGGCUCUGUCUUUACCAGAAAGUGGAUGAAGGAUGGCUCAGAUCUGAUCCUGUCUGACAUCAUAAUACUUUACGAUGAGAACAGAGUGCUGUCUUUUAAGAGCCUGACCAAAAAAGACAGUGGAGAAUAUUCCUGUACAGUCAGCAACCCCGUCAGCAGUGAUGAAGCUAAAUACUCCAUGGAGGUCAACUAUGGACCAGAAAAUGUUCAAAUCACAGGUCCAAGUGAGAUACAGCUGAAUGAGAACUUGACUUUAACCUGCUCUGCUGAGUCCAGACCACUUGCCACUUACACCUGGAUACUGAAUGGGACAAAGAUACACAAUUCUGCUGUGUUCACUAAAGACAACAUUCAACAUUCUGACAGUGGCAUCUACACCUGCGAAGCGAUGAAUGACAUAACUGGAAGAAAACUGUCUGCAGACCAUGGACUGUCUGUAACAGUUUCAGAUGGACCACCUGGAGGUCUUUCACCUGGCGCCAUUGCUGGAAUAGUUAUCUCAGUUUUAGUGGUUGUUUCUGUAGCAGCUGUUGGAGGAUACUUUAUUUGUAAAAAUAAAAUCAAAAACAAAGCUCCACCACCUUCUGAUAAUAAAGACAAAGAAGAACAGGUGUAUGAGAACACUUCAGUGGUGUAUGAGAACGCUUCAAUGGUGUAUGAGAACAUAUAAACUCAGUAAUCUUUCCCUUUAAAGCAUAUGAUCAGAAAAUGAGCAAAACAGAAACAUCAUAACCAGCCUGAGGAAAAGAAAAUGCUAAUGUAUGUCAAUGUUAUUCUUUUUAUUGUUAUGAAUGUAUUUUUUUUCUAUCGGGAAACAUUUGUCAUUUAUUCAUCCAUUACAGAGAAAAAAUUCAUUUCAUUUCUGUCGAAUGCAAUUCCGAUUUACUCCGCUUUUAGGAGGUAGCUUACAGUAGGUUUAUCAGAGCUGUAUUGCUUAAAACUUCUCCUGGAAAUUGAGUUUAUGAAUUGAAAAGGCUAAAAUAGAAUCACAAGCUUGACAGGGCUGCAAAGUUAAGUUGUAAUUCUCUGAAGGUUUUACGCUCUGAGCCCUUUUACAUUUAAUGUGUAGUUAAAAUGAAAAUGUCUUACUUUUAAAUAGCUAUGCUGGCUCUUAUGCACAUAGACCAGUGGCGUAAAUCUAGACAGUGCAGGCAGUGCGGUUGCACUGGGGCCCAUGAGGUGGGGGGGCCAACAGAGAAACUGGGUAGAGAAUGAGCCCUUGGAAAUAUUAAGACAUGUAUUAUUUUUGUUUAUUUGUAAAAUAGUCAAUAGCAUCUAUGACAAGAUUAUAGGCUUAUUCCAACUAAACUAUAAUAAACUAUUAAAACUGUUAAAUGAAAUCAAUAAUUUGUCAUUUUCUUUGGUAUUUUUUGCGAUAUACAGUCAUGCAAUGAUGACUGCUGGCUAAUAUGUCUGUUAAUGUUAUCCAGUUUCAAGUCUCUGAUCAUGUGUCGAGACGAUUUGUGCACUACAGCGUACACUAUGGGGUCCAUCAUAACAACCUUACGCCACUGAUGUAGAGAGUCAAGUUAAAAUAACUGUCUUGUUACUAAACAGUGAUAAAUGUGUUUACAUUUUUUCAUGGCAUUUAAAUAUUGAUGCAAUAAAAUUACUGUAAUUAUGUGAUGUGUUUUGUGUAUAACGUUUGCUUUUAUUCUUCUGUUCUCCCACUGUGUCCAACCUAUAAAGCUGUAAACAAUGGAAACAUUUUGGGUUGGAGUAAGACUUGCUGGUGAUAUGCAAAACAAGAUACAAUAAAACAACUGUAAUAGUUUGGAAAAAUCAAACCACAAAACACUAAUUUUAGAUUUCUCCUUCAUGUGAUUUUAACAGUGGCUGAAUAGGUAUCAAUAGAUUAAAUAUAGUGGUGCAAUAUGAUGGUCAAACUCCAGCAACUGUGGAAAUGAGGUUUGACAGUAUCUUAAUAAAGCUCCUCUCUCCUCUUAUUGUUAACUUGAUUUGA